AUGCCGAAGCGCCCUGCUGCUGCCGACGCCGCUGCGGUUGCUUUGGCUUGGCCUCGCCGCCGCCGGGUUAUGGACGAAGUUCCGCAUGCUGCGGAAGAAGUCGGGCCUGCAGAGCUUCAUCGACCUUUGCCAGCCGAGCGCGCAGCUGCGCCUUUGCGACCUGCGGGCGCGCCGCCGCGUGCACCUCCGGCCAGCCCUGCACCACGACCUCUACGCCGACCUGCCUCGUUGGGCACAGCUUCUACAAAUCUAUGCCACGGUCGUCCCGACGAGCCCUGUUGCUUUUCGACACGGGUCUCCGGACAGCGUGCGCGUUAUCACGAUGCCUCGCUGCAGUGUCCCUGGUGCAACGCCGGGCUGCUUCGGACCAGCUUGGAUACGGAGCGUGGCCGCGGCCAAAUGAGUCGUGCCCUGCGAUUCUUCUGGCAACAUGAAAAAGCUGUAUAUCACCAAGCAGUGGAACGCUUGCCCGACAGCGUGCGUUUGCACUUGCCGUUGCAAGCUCUUGGACUUUCGCCGGCCUUCCACUCGGCCGCGGCCCUCGGCGAGGCGUUGGCGACCCCGCAAGGCCGAGGACGAAUUGUAAUGGUGCUUCGUAAGCGUCAAGCCACUGACGAGGACCUCGUGGCCGAGGCAUUGAAAGCCGUUCCGGCAGAGCACCUUGACGAUUUGGCAACGAAGUUGGCGCAAGAGCCACGCCGGGUGCGCCGGGCGCGUGAGCGGGCCGCGGCCGAAACUGUAGACCAGCAGUGGGAGCGUUUGCUGGCACAGCGGCGCCGGCUCCGAAGUUCGGCCGCGCCCGACGAAGACCGGGCCGUUUACGCCAAACGCGUGGCUGAGGACCGAGGCCGGGCGCGCCGCAAGUUCUUUCCUGAGCGACCCAGGCAAGUGCGACACACCGGGCGCAGCUGGACAAAUCCUUUGACUGACUCGUUGGCGGCUCGCGUCCGGGACCUCACCUCUAAUGACACGGGCCUGCCUCGGACCCACGUGACGCCAAUGGCGGCCAUGCUGGAGGACUGGUGCAAGCAAGGCGCCUGGGGUGUCUGCGAGCGCUGCUACAGCCUAGAGCCACGACAUUUGAAGGAAGUGGACACGCGGCGCGUCGCAGCCCCGGCCGUCCCGCAUUGCCGCUGGUGUCGACGCGACGGUGUUGCGUCUGUGCCGACCGUUCACUCUGUGCCACGCCAGCUUCGCGGAUUGACAGCGGAGGCGGUCGAGGCCCUGCGCCCGCUUGAAAUCGACUGCGGCCCGUACCAGCGUCCUUUGCACGGUUAUCGAGUGCACACUGCCCUCAUCCGUCUACUAUGGGCUACGACCGCUGUGGAAGACAGGGUAUCGGCCUUGCAGCCUCGAUCCGUGCGCAAGCAGGCGCAGAAGGCUUUUGCGUUUCUGAUGCAGUCGCGCCAUUCGGAAUACGCUGCCUUCGUCAAGCAGCACCGUCGCUUCCUCCGCGCCCACCCGGACGCCUGCCAGAGCGAUCGGCGACGGCCCUUGCAAAUGAUCGAGGCUCCUGGCAUCGAGACUGCACUAUGGCCCGAUCUAUAUUGGCAUUCGGACUUGUGCGAGACGGUCCAGCGGGCCACGGACGCGCGUCGCCUGCAGCGGCAGCAGUUGCAAGAUACGGACAGUGAUGAAGACGGAGCCGACGAGGCCGGAGGUUUUGGCCGCAGCAGCAUUCGACGGCCGGAGACAUUGCACUUGGCCCACAUCCUCGUGGAGCUCCUGCGCGAAUGGGUCGCUGGGGGCAGCCGGAAGCAUGGCGAGAGCAGCACUUUCUGGCGCACGCACUGCCUGAGCGCUGCCGGCGGCAACCGCAUCAACUUUGUCAUGGCCGCGGUGCGAUCCAUCUCCACGCAGUUCUGUUUGCCGAAAGCCUGCAGAAUUUGCAACUGCACCGGAAGCUACUGGCGACGGAACUGCCGGAAGGCCACGCGCUGUGCCUCCUGCUGGGACGAUCUGAACGAGGCUGUGUGCUUGCACCACACUGAGCGCGAUGCGGAGCAAGGAGUGCGUGCAUACGGUCUGGAAGAAGUGGACAUCUUGAAGAGCCAUGUGGACAACUUGGUGCCGCAGGCCGGGGGGGCCGCCGGUCGUGGCCUCCUCCUCCGCUAUGUCGCGACCUAUAACGCGAAGUUCAGCGGCAGCUUCCACAACGAGCUCCUGGACGAUUCCGGCGUUUCCGGAUAUGGAAUCGCGCUGCGGGUUCUCAGUUCUUUGCAUCCGUCCGAGCCGGAAAUGUGGGCGACCUUGUGCAAGCAACUCUUCCCCGAUUUCGCCUUGGGGGGCACCAUGUUGCCCAUCGUCGCGCCCUGGCCUAUAAUGGCGGAACAGCCAGCGUUCGUGCGGCGUUACGAGCAGUGCGUUUGGCGCAGCGACGACAUGACCCUGCUAGACUUCCUGCGCAAAUCCAACGCCAGCGGUGACGUGGUGGCCUGGCUACAGAAGGCCCACGCGGCCGCUGACACGCCGUUGGACCUGGGCGAGUUUGCGAGUGCGUACCCUACCUUCGGAGAAAAGAUCAUAGCGGCAGAAACGGUGGGAAUCUUCAAUGACAAGUAUUUCGGACAGUGGCUCAUGCUGAAUGUCCCGUUUCGUGCUGCCGCUGAUUUUCUCGAUCCUGAAAUCAUGGCGAAAGUGCCCGCUCGCUACCAGCUCUUCGCUUGUGCGCACCGUGCAGCCCCUGAGUACUGGGCAGAUCGAGGUCGCAUCGUCGAAGAUCUGCAGCUGGCCGCGCAUCGCGACACCGGCAUCGCCAAUUUCCUCGCGCUGCUGGCUGCGCAGCAGGCGAUCGUCCAGCAGUAUUUGCGUGGAGAGAUCACGCUGGAGGACGAAGUGCCCGAGCCGGUGCUGCAAUCCGCAGCGCGCCCCGGCACGUCCAGGCCGCCGACCUUCAAUCGACAGCAGCAGGAAUUGGAGCGACAGGCGCUCGAGCGCUUCGCACUCUUACAAGCUCUGAAGGAUGCCCAGUCGGAGGAAGAGGUCGAGGACGUGUCGCAGCAGCUGGAAACGCACAACAGCAUUUUGGUGUGCAUGGGCGGACCGGGCACGGGCAAAACGUUUCUAGCCGAUCACCUCGUGCGCGUUGCGGUCGAGCGAGGAUAUCGGGUGCUUUAUGCCCUGCCCACGGGCCAGCUCGCAUGCCGCAUGCGCCAGCGCCACCCGGACAUUCAUGUGGACACCUGCGCCGGCGCCUUCCUUUUCUACCGCCCACUAGCGGAAACGAUCGCCCUCAUGACCGAAUACGACAUGGUCGUCAUUGACGAGGCUUUGCAGCUCAGCGCCGAAGAGUUCGCCCGACUGCACGCCCUGUUCCUCGCUGCCGGCCGCCGGCUGCUGCUGCUGCUCCUGGGCGACGACUGGCAGCUUCCAAGCAUUGCGCCCGAACGCGCCAGCGAUCACCCACAGUGGCGCUUUACGCGCACCCUCACGCUGACGGAAGUCCGUCGGUGCAAAUGCUCCCGGCUGCAGGCCAAGCUCGACUUCUUGCGCUACCACAAGCCCGUGGGCCAAGAGGGUAAGCGCUUCGUAAACCGCUUGUGCUACAAGCAUAAGGCAUGGACCGGCCACGACGAACCAACUAGCCUCGAUAUCGCGGACGUGCUGCGGCGUACCGAGAACAACACGACCUUCGUCACCUGCACCAAAGCCGGUGCCGCGAUCAUCAACGCCCUGGCGGUGCAGGUUCUGUUCACCAACCGGAAGCAAAGGCUCCUGGGACAGAUUCCAGGGACCUACGAAGACAACGAAGACAACUACGAUGCGCACGGUCGCCUCCGCUCCGAUCGUCCACCGCAACCUAGCACGGUCCCAGUGUAUGUGGGCAUGCGCUUAGUGCUGACCAGGAAUCAAGACAAAGAGAACCACUACGUGAACGGGAUGGUAGCCACCGUCGAAGCAUACUGUUCUGCGACUGGCUGUCUUCGUGUGCGGACACAGACGGGCCGGCGUCUGGCGGUGUAUCGCUACACCGACCCGGAUGUGCCUUCCGGACGUGUGGUUUACUACCCGGUGCGUGUUGGAUACGCAGGGACAAUCUACAAGUAUCAGGGAGCUGAAUUGCAACACGUCACUGUGUGGCUGAAUCGCACUUGGUGCAGGGCGGCUGCGUACGUUGCUCUCUCCCGCGUGGCACGCGACGAGGAUUACCUCGUCGGUGGCGUCGUAACCGGCGAUCACCUGGUGCCUGCCAAAUAA